GUCGUAGUUGGGAACAGGAAGUUCCGGGUAGAAAACCACAGAACUGUGGUGUUAUGUGGAUAGUGGUUGUGUCCGUUUCAAAUGUAUUAUUGUAGACCGACUCAGAUUAAGUCUGAGGCCGGUAACAUCAACAGUGAGGACAAACCCAGCCUGCCACUCUCCUUCCACACUGAGUCCAAACCUACAGUCACUGGGUCCUGAUUGUGACAGUGGAGCCCAGUUUGCUCUGCAGGAUCCAGAGAUGGCAUCAGUGAAGCUGGAAGACUGCAGUCCAACACUGGAGCUGAAUGUCACCCUUAAAGAUGAAGAAGAGGAGGAGAAGAUUAGGACAACUGUUAGUCAUGGAUACCAUGUUGAGACAUUCUCCACAUCCAGAGAGCAACAGCAGGAAGAUCAGAGAGCUAAGAGGUCUCAUCACUGCCCACAUUGUGAAGAGAUUUUCCCAUUUCUAUCAAAGCUAAGAAUACACCUAAAAAUACACACAGGAGAGAAGCCUUACUCCUGCUCUGACUGUGGAACUAGUUUCUCUCAGCUUUCCCACUUAAAAUCACAUGAACGUAUACAUACAGGGGAGAAGCCAUACUCCUGCUCUGACUGUGGGAAAUGUUUUAAAACAUUAUAUGAGCUAAAAGUUCAUCAGAGAACACACACAGGAGAGAAGCCUUACGUCUGCUCUGACUGUGAAAAAUGCUUCACAUCAUCAACUCAUCUAAAAGUUCAUCAGAGAACACACACAGGAGAGAAGCCUUAUUACUGUUCUGACUGUGGAAAACGUUUUAAAACAUCAAAUGAGCUAAAGGUUCAUCAGAAGACUCACACAGGAGAGAAGCCUUUCUUCUGCUCUGACUGUGGGGCGAGUUUCUCUCAUCUGGGCACCUUAAAAACACACCAACUUAUACACACUGGUGAGAAGCCUUACUUCUGCUUUGACUGUGGAAAAUGCUUCAAAACAUCAACUGAGCUAAAAGUUCAUCAGAGAACACACACAGGAGAGAAGCCGUAUUACUGCUCUGAGUGUGGAACUAGUUUCUCUAAAUUUUCCAUCUUACAAACACAUGAACGUAUACAUACAGGAGAGAAGCCUUACGUCUGCUCUGACUGUGGAAAAUACUUCACAACAUCAACUCAUCUAAAAGUUCAUCAGAGAACACACACAGGGGAGAAGCCAUACUCCUGCUCUGACUGUGGAAAAUGUUUUAAAACAUCAAAUGAGCUAAAAGUUCACCAGAGAACACACACAGGAGAGAAGCCUUACGUCUGCUCUAACUGUGGAACUAGUUUCUCUCAACUUUCCCAUUUACAAUCACAUGAACGUAUACAUACAGGAGAGAAGCCUUUCUUCUGCUCUGACUGUGGGGCGAGUUUCUCUCAGCUGGGCACCUUAAAAACACACCAACGUAUACACACAGGAGCGAAGCCUUAUUCCUGCUCUGACUGUGGAAAAUGUUUUAAAACAUCAAAUGAGCUAAAAGUUCACCAGAGAACACACACAGGAGAGAAGCCUUACGUCUGCUUUGACUGUGGAACUAGCUUCUCGCAACUUUCCAGCUUAAAAUCACAUGAACGUAUACAUACAGGGGAGAAGCCAUACUCCUGCUCUGUUUGUGUAAAAUGCUUCAAAACAGCAACCGAGCUAAUAGUUCAUCAGAGAACACACGCAUGAGAGAAGCCUGCUUACGUCUGCUCUGACUUUUGGGUGAGUUUCUCUCACCAUAGCAACUUAACACACCAAUGUAGUCACACAGGAGAGAAGCCAUACUCCUGCUCUGUGGAAGGGUGGGCGUGUAACUCAAACUUCUAGCCAAAGGCUGCUGUGUUUAGAAUCUCAUCAAGGAGGACUGUAGCAUUUUAGCUAAUCAGCAACUUUGCAACUACUUACUACUUUUUAGCUAUUACUUAGUAUGUUAGCAUAUCAUACAUAUUACAAGUUCGUAACAUAUUGUAUGAAAAGCAAUGCGUAAAAUAACGUAAGAAUUGUAAUUCGUAACAUACGAUACAUCGUAGAAGUUGUAUUAUACUGAACAAUUUAAACACAACAAUUUCAAAGAUUUAUAGUUUGUAUAAGGAAAUCAGUCAUUUUAAAUAAGAGGCCAUAAUCUAUGGAUUUCACAUGACUGGGCAGGGGCUCCGCCAUGGGUGGGACUUGGAAGGGCAUAGGCCCACUUGGGAGCUAGGCCCAUUCAAUCGGCAUGAGUUUUUCCCCAUAUAAUGUCUUGAUUACAGACAGAAAUUCUGCUCAGCCCCCUCCCAGACAAUCCUGCAGGUGAAGAAGUCCUGGGCUGCCGUGGUUACAUGUGAUCUGCAGUUGUGAGGCCGGUUGGAUGUACUCCCAAAUUCUCUAAAAGAACGUUAGAGGUGACUUAUGGUAGAGAUAUAAAUAUUGAAAACUCUCCUGCAGUCAUCAUGACAAUUGCACAUUCCCUGAACUUGAGAUAUCUGACAUUGUGUUGUGUGGCCUUUUAUUGUCCCCCAGCACAAGGUGCACUUGUGUAAUGAUAAUGCUGUUUUAUCAGCAUCUUGAUAUGCCACACCUGUCAGGUGGAUGGAUUAUCUUGACAAAGGCUGAAAUGCUCAUGAACAGGGAUAGUAACAAAGUUGUGCACAACAUUUGAGAGAAAUUAGCUUUUUCUGCACAUGGAACAUUGCUGGAAUGUUUUAGUUCAGCUCAUGAAACCAACACUUUACAUGUUUAGUGUAUAUUUUAGUUCAGUUUAUAUUGGUAGUCCAAUUUAAUGUAACCUAACAUACUAAAUGGAGUGGAACGGAUGUUUUUGUAAUACAUAAUACGUUUUGCUCUGAGACCUGGUUGUCCCUCUGCAGUAUUCUGUGGGAAUGAGCUAGUAGACACUUCUUUAAAAAAACAUUUUUUAACCUUUAUUUAACUAGGCAAGUCUGUUAAGAACAAAUUCUUAUUUACAAUGAUGGCUUAGGAACAGUGGGUUAACUGCCUUGUUCAGAGGCAGAACAACAGAUUUUUACCUUGUCAGCUCGGGGAUUUGAUCUAGCAACCUUUUGGUUACUGGCCCAAAGCUCUAACCACAAGUCUACCUUCCGCCCCUAACAUGUAUCAGAUAGAGAUGGUGUGAUGAUCACUUUUCACCACUAGUUUGGGGGAUUAUUUUACAACUUUAUUUAAUGAUACACAGUUUAUGAAAUGAAUACAUGUGUUUAUUAAUUGUCUUUAAAACUAGAUGAGUUAUUUUAGUUACUGAUCAUGAAUGUGUUUGGAUAACCGCAUUGAUGCAAACUUUAUUGAUCUGCCAAUGAAAAAUAAAGUUACAUGAAUAUGUACUGGU